AUGAGAUCUCUCAAAUGGAUCAUUGCAUGUCUCACACUCUUUGUUCUAAGCCAAUCUCGAGUAUCAGUGAAUGCAGAUUUGGUAGAAGAGACGUGCCGCAAAACCACCAAUUACGGUUUAUGUGUGUCAUCGUUAAAAUCUGACCCUCGUAGUUCAACAGCUGAUGUUAAAGAACUGGCUCGUAUUGCGCUUGACCAAACGCUGACCAAUUCUGUGGACACUCAAGCUCGAAUUGAGUGA